GACCUAAUUAGCUGCACGCAGGAGACUAUGGAUUCAUUCGCCAGUGUUCCUCCUGGUUUCCGGUUUCAUCCCACUGAUGAAGAACUUGUUGAUUAUUACCUUAGGAAGAAAGUUACUUCAAGAAGGAUUGACCUAGAUGUCAUUAGAGAUGUUGAUCUUUAUAAAAUAGAGCCAUGGGACCUUCAAGGUAAGAUUUGCAGAAUAGGAUCAGAAGAGCAGAAUGAAUGGUACUUUUUCAGCCAUAAAGACAAGAAAUAUCCAACCGGAACUCGCACAAAUAGAGCAACUGCGGCUGGAUUUUGGAAGGCUACAGGUAGAGACAAGCCCAUUUACUCUAAACAAGAGUUGAUAGGGAUGAGGAAGACCUUAGUCUUUUAUAAAGGUCGAGCACCAAAUGGACAGAAAUCUGACUGGAUUAUGCACGAGUAUCGCCUUGAAACCGACGAAAAUGGAGCUCCGCAGGAAGAAGGUUGGGUGGUGUGCAGGGUGUUCAAGAAGAGAAUAGCAAGUACUAUAAGGAAAGCAAGUGAACAUGAAUCCCCUUGUUGGUAUGAUGAUCAAGUGUCAUUCAUGUCAGAUUUAGAUUCUUCACCACCAAAACAAACCCAUCACCCAAACAUGAAUUCUAAUUACCUCCACCUUCCUAAUUACACCUGCAAAAAAGAGCUUGAUCUUCAUCAUUUCCAGUACCAACUUCCUCACCAUGAUCAUUUCCUCCAGCUCCCACUCCUAGAGAGUCCGAAAUUGCUUCAUCCACCAAGUACUAGUGCUACUGCUGCGUCAUUGACAACCAAUGUUUCUAUGGCUGCAUAUGGAGUUCUGGAUAUGAACCAGCAGGCAAGUAAUACUGUGCAAUCCUCAAUUUCACUCACACAAGAAGAGCAUAUGCAGCAAAACUUGCAAUCUCUGUUUGGUGAUCAUGAGCGAGGAGGAGCGGAUCAAGUAACGGAUUGGAGAGUUCUUGACAAGUUUGUUGCUUCUCAACUCAGCCAAGAUGGUCAAGAUCUUUCAAAGGAAAACGAUGUCGUCUUUCAAGGAUCAGAUGAUCAGCAGAGGAAUAUUGUAGUCGUUGGACAUUUGAGCAAGCAAGAAAUGGAGAUGGAGAAUGCUUCAAGUUGUCAUUUUGAUCAGUGGAAGUGAUAUGCACCCUAUAGUUAUAUAUAUGUGUAUGUAUGGAAGAGUACAUAUAUAUAUAUAUUGAUCAUAGGAUUUUUAAUAUGAAGGAAUAUGAUCUAUAUAUUAUUCAUUAUUCCUGCACGUACAUAAUAAACUUGGACCGAUCGCUCGACCAGAUAUAACUUUAAUUGACCGU